AUGUGGUUCGCCACUACAUUGCUGCUAUUGGGCUUAGCUCGGGGAGGACUUUCAACCCAUUGCGACUUUCCCCAGUCGUUGUGUUUUGAUUCCGAGCCUGCCCUAACCAAUCUAGACCUGCUGAAGGCGGCCGUGAACAAUUUAGCCUCUGUGCCCGCUACCUACCUGAAGCCGGCCGAUUUGAUCGCACUGGUGAAUCAAAUAACAAACAAGAUCAAGGAAUCUGGUGCGUUUGGAUCUAACACCUACAAGACAUGUGCUGACGUGCCCUCUGGCUCACCAUCGGGCCUGUAUCUGCUCCGAGGCGAGUUCCGUGACGGUCAGUACGCGUACUGUGACAUGGAGUACGAUGGUGGCGGUUGGCAAGUGUUUCAGCGACGAUUCAACGGUAAAACCGAUUUCCUGCUCAUGUGGAGCGCCUACCAGAAUGGUUUUGGUGACAUGAAAAGCGGAGAGUUCUGGUGGGGUCUUAACAACCUGUACCGAGCAACGAAUCUCGCACCACACGAGCUGGCGAUCGUCAUGGAGGACUUUGACGGUGUAACGAAGUUUGCCAAGUAUUCCGCCUUCCAGAUCGGUGAUGAAACCGAGCUCUAUCGCAUGAACGUGCUCGGAACGUACAGUGGCACGGCGGGAGAUUCCUUGCGAGUCCACUUGAAUAUGGCUUUUACGACAACGGAUAGGGACAACGAUUUGUAUCCGGUCAACUGUGCGGUACAGUUCACUGGCGCCUGGUGGUACUCGCGCUGUCACGAUAGCAAUCUCAACGGUCAGUAUCUCAACGGUUCCACCUUGCAGUACGGAAAAGGAAUGACGUGGGAAUUGUUCCGUGGGGACGCGUACUCAUUAAAGAGCUCGCGAAUGAUGAUUCGUCGAUUGGGAUAA